AACCUCCAUUCAUUUCCUUGAUGCCACUCCAUCCUCUCCUUGAACGACCCGAUAUAUACAUGGACAUAUCAUUAAAUUACCCAGUACGCAAAUGACCGCGCCGCCAUUGUUUCGAUAGAUUGUGAGUGGAGAGCAGAGCGCCUUCAUUUUCCUCUCGCCCGCAAUGGCGUCCGAUUUUGACGAAGACCAGAACGUUCCCUACGCACAUCCAGCAGGCCCCCCUGCGCUGGACAGAGCCGACAACGUGCGGCUGAGGGGGCACGCCAGCGACCGGGCGCCACUCCAUGAGAACCGGCAGCAGGUGCUGCUGGAGGUCAUCGACGCGUCCUCCGCCGGCGGCGACCGCAGGCUGGGGCUGGACCUCGUGGCCGUCCUGGACGUCAGCAAAAGCAUGAGGAAGAACGACCGGCUGGGCAAGAUGAAGACGGCCAUGCACUUCGUCAUCAACAAACUCGGACACAUGGACCGCCUCUCCAUCGUCAAGUUCUCCGAGGAGGCGGAGAGGCUGUGCCCGCUGCUCUCCGUCACCCCGCCUAACAAGGCACGCCUCAACCAUCUCGUCGACGGCUUGCAAGUCAUCGACCCAACCAAUAUAAGAGACGGCCUCGAGGCCGGCCUCAGCGUCCUCGCCGGCCGACGCAUCACCGGCGGCCGCGUUGCCAGCAUCUUUCUCUUGUCCGAUGGGGACGAGAACAGAGGGCAUGCUACUACUGUUGAUGUCAGCGAUGUGCCCGUCUACACGUUUGGGUUUGGUACGGACUACGACCCCAAGGUGUUGGACGAGAUCGCGAGAAGGAGCAAAGGAGGAACGUUCAACUUCGUAGAUGACGAGGAGAACAUGACCGAACCCUUCUCGCAGAUCCUGGGUGGUCUCCUCAGCAUCGUGGUACAAGACCUCAAGCUCAUUGUUUCCCCACAGCGAGGCGAGUCCAUAAUAGAGGGCGUGGACUCCCGGCUCUACCAGCAGACGUGGGACGCCGGCUCCGGCUCCAUCACCGUCCAUUUCGGCGAUCUCUUCGCCGGAGAAGUACGCAGGGUUAUCGUCCACAUCUCCCUCCCUGAAGUCAACCAGAAGAAAGACGUCACCGCCAUCAUCGCGCAGUGCUCCUAUAGUGUCCGGGGACAACCUCUCUACUCCCGUGGAUUGGCGGUUCCUAUGCGCCGCACCCCAACUGGAUCGGCUGACCUGAGCCGCAUGAGGCCGGUAGCCCUGAGGAACGAGCUAGCCCGCGGCCGCCACGUAACCUUUCUAGAGGAGGCGCGUACGCUGGCGGACAACAAUGACCUCCACGGCGCCGAUGGAAAGCUGGUGGAGGCCAGGAACGAUCUUGCACCCGAGCAGUCCAACUCCAUGAUCCACACCCUCAGGGCGGCGCUCGAUAAGCUGCUGGAGAUGAUCAGGUCGCCGGGCGGCCCCCGCGCCGGCUUCGCCGCCUACCUGCGGUCGCUGAAGACGUCGCAUGAUCGCGAGCGCGUCUCGGCGACCGGCGACGUCAAGGGCGUCAGGCUCUUCGAGACGCGGCACACGAGCGCGUUCCGUGGGCAGGCCAAGCGGUUUGAGAAGCAGUCCACCAUGGGGCGGCGACCGGCUCCCCACGAGUUCAAGGAGGAGGAGGAGGACGCGAAUAGACUCAGGGAAGAAGACGGGCGCAUGGAGAGGCGGCCGGUGUUGGUGGAGGCGAGGAGUGGUCUCUGGAAGACCUGGUGGGGGGACGACGACAAGCAGCACCGGAGGUCCGCCAGGUCCACGUCGGCGUGCGCGUGGGUGAUGUGCAUCCUGUGCCUGCUGCUCAUCGUCGGCUUGAUCGUCCUCGGCGUCUUGCUCUUCGCCGUCUACAACCACAAGAUGCCGUACCUGGCGGUCGCCGGCGCGCAGCUGGGGGCGCUCCAGUACGACGGCCAGGCCGGUACCGUCCAGAACCUUCAGAUCUCCAUCGCCUUCCUGGCCAUCAACAGGGACUCCAAGGCGGACGCCUAUUUCUCCCGCGUCAACCUCGCGCUGCAGCUCCACGGGGUUGACAUGCUUCUCCUCCGGGCGCCGCCGUUCGUCGUCCCGCCGGAUACCUCCAUGCCGCUGCAGUACAACGACGUGGUGUCCACCGGGCGGAGGCUGGACAAGGCCGGGAUGCGAUCCAUGGACAAGUCGCUCAACGCCGGCGUGGUGCCGUUCGACCUACGCGGCAAGGUGCGCAUGCGCGGGAAGACGGGCAUCUUCCAGAACACCCAGUUUUGGACACGCUUUUCCUGCCGUCUACGCUUCUUCUUCCCCGGUAACGGCACCGUCAUGCCGGUCGACCGCCGCAGUUGCCGCUCCAGGUGGCCGUAGCAGUCACACUUCCGCGUGUAUGAAGCUAAACACAUGUGUAUAUAUAUGCCCUAGCUGCAAGAGCCAACUGACUUAACCUAGCACACAUGGCAAAAAUACAUUACCAAAUCAACAUUAUUUUUAGUGGUAUAA